ACUCAGCACUGCACGGUUGGCAUGCAUCGCCCUUGCUCUGUCUCCAUGCCCGGGCAGGCAAGGCGUCGGGCCUGGUCCUCCACCCUUCCUGCACGUCCCUCACGCUCGCCGCGUCACGCCCGCCCCGCCCACCCCGUCAGCACCCUUCCCACGCGGGCACUCAGUGACAUUGAGCGCCGCGGCCGCCGAGGGGUGCUGUGCGUCGGCGGAGCAGGCGGCCAUGGGGAGCCUCCGCGGCCUGCGCCUGGCGGCUGGACAUUGCUUUAGGUUAUAUGAAAGAAAUGCCUCCUCCACCCUAAGGUCUGCCAGAAACACUGACUUGAAGAGGAUCAGCGGGUUUUGUACCAAGCCCCAGCAAAGUCCCAAAGCCCCAACUGAAUCCUACAGACACAGAGUGCCACUGCACAAACCCACGGACUUCGAGAGGAAGAUACUGCUGUGGUCAGGGCGCUUCAAGAAGGAGGAGGACAUCCCGGAGACAGUCUCGUUUGAGAUGCUUGAUGCUGCAAAGAACAAGAUCCGGGUGAAGGUCAGCUAUUUAAUGAUUGCUCUGACAGUGGCAGGAUGCAUCUACAUGGUCAUUGAGGGCAAGAAGGCCGCGAAAAGACAUGAGUCCUUAACAAGCUUGAACCUAGAAAGGAAAGCCCGUCUGAGAGAGGAGGCAGCCAUGAAGGCCAAAACAGAGUAGGAGUAUUGGUGCUGGAUUUGGAAAACCUGGGAGAAAGGUUGUAAUAACAAGCCUGCAUUGGAAGGAACGUGACACAAGACACACUUUGCAGACAUACGCUUUGCACAGAUUUAUUCACUUCCCUGUUUCUGCUGUAGAGGAACAAAUAAAUUUUCUUACAGAACGA